CAAUUUCUCCAUCUCUCUAUGCAAAACCAAACCAACCUCACCCUCACAGAUCUCUCUCCUCAUCACUCCACUUCUAUCCAUACCAAUAUUUCACUUUCAGUCCCUCAAAAUCUCACUAUUUGCUACGUCCCCCAAAACGGACCCUAUUCCUAUACCUACCACCGUGCUCCCACCGCUCCCUAAUAAUAAGCCAACUUCCCCAUUCAUUUCCCACUCCCACCCUAGAACUAUAAAAUUUCCAUUUAGUCCCUCAAAAUUCCAGUUCCAUCUUCCUAAUCCUAUCCCCUCCCGGCCACCAUGAUCGUCGAGCUCCUCCUCGCCAUCCUCGCCUUCUUCGCCCUGGCCACCGCCCGGGCCAAAUGGGCCUCCGGCAAGCUCCCUCCCGGGCCCAUAGCCCUCCCCAUCAUCGGCCACCUCCACCUCAUCGGCCCACUAAUCCACCACACCUUCCACGCCCUCUCCGCCAAACACGGCCCGCUCAUGCACCUCAGGCUCGGCUCCAUCUCCGCCAUCGUCGCCUCGUCCCCCGACAUGGCCCGCGAGUUCCUCAAGACCCACGAGCUCUGCUUCUCCAUGCGUGCGGGCACCAUCGUCACCAACUACGUCACCUACGACAACAUCUCGUUCGCGUUCGCACCCUACGGUGCGUACUGGAAGUUCAUCAAAAAAAUCAGCACGUUCGAGCUCCUGGGGAACCGGAUGCUGGCCCAGUUCCUGCCCAUCCGGUCCCAGGAGCUCCGCAGCCUGCUGGGACUCCUCCACGAGAAGUCCCGGGAUCGAGGCAGGGUGAACCUCAGCCAGGAGCUGCUGAGGUUCUCCAACAACAUCAUCUGCAUGAUGAUGCUGGGGAUCCGCGCCUCCGGCACGGAGGGCGAGGCCGAGGUGGCGAGGAGGCUGGCCCGGGACGUGACGCAGAUAUUCGGGGAGUUCAACGUGUCGGAUUUCGUGUGGUUCCUGAGGAAGUGGGACCUCCAGGGUUUCAAGAGGAGGUCGGAGGAUAUACGGCGGAGGUUCGACGAGUUGCUGGAGAGGAUUGUGAAUGAGAGGGAGGCGGUGAGGGAGGAGGAGCGGCGGAGGGACGGCGGGAAGCGGCGGGAGGCGAGGGAUUUUUUGGAUAUGAUGCUGGAUGUGAUUGAGGAUGAGAAUGCGGAGAUCAAGUUGACGAGGGAUCACGUUAAAGCCCUAGUACUGGAUUUCUUCACAGCAGGGACUGACACGUCGGCAGCAUCACUGGAGUGGGCCCUAUCCGAACUAAUCAACUACCCCAAAGUACUCCAAAAGGCCAGAGAAGAGAUCGACCGGGUCGUCGGGCCGGACCGACUCGUAGAAGAAUCCGACGGGCCGAACCUAGUCUACAUCCACGCCGUCAUCAAGGAGGCCUUCCGCCUCCACCCGGCGAUCCCGAUGAUCACACGGAAGUGCGUGCAGGAGUGCGAGAUCGGCGGCUACAAAAUCCCGGAAAACUCGAUGCUGUUCGUCAACAUGUGGUCGGUCGGGCGGAACCCGAAGUACUGGGCCGACCCGCUGGAGUUCCGGCCCGAGCGGUUCCUCGACAGCCACGUGGACAUGAAGGGGCAGCACUUCGAGCUGCUGCCGUUCGGCAGCGGGCGGCGGAUCUGCGCCGGGAUGUCGCUGGCGCUGCAGGAGCUCCCCGCGGCGCUGGCGGCGGUGAUCCAGUGCUUCGAUUUCGAGGUGGUGGGACCCGACGGGGAGGUCGUGAGAGGGAAGGAGCAUCCCGUCGACAUGUCGGAAAGGCAGGGGCUGACGGUGCCGAAGGCGACGGAUCUGGUGUGCGUGCCGGUCGCACGUGCGGCGAAGGUUCUGGCGACGUUGGGGUGAGGGGGACGCGCGGCGGAGAGCGUGUGGUGGAGGUGGUAUGUAAUUUGCAGAGCUUUUUUUUGUUUUUUGUUUGUGGGAAAGGGUUGCCGACGUGGCGGUGUUUCCUUCCCUUGAUUUUUAAGUGGCUCCUUCCUUCGCCGACAGUGUUAGUGAAUCGGUAUCCAGGUGUGUUUUAUCGUUGACGAACUGAGGUAAAGGAAAUGAAGCAAAGAAGACUAACACCGGCUUUUACGGUGCACUCAUACUUACUAUAUAUACGGAUAUACCCAACUUAAUAACUAUACGAAUUUUUAAUUUUAAUUGCU